CCCAUCUCAACCUAUUAGCAAAAGGCAUUAGAGGGUAAUUUUUGUCUAACUCGUAACAUCUGCUUCCUUUUCCUUCACAUUUACACUUCCUACAGCAGGAUCUGUCUAAGUGAUUAUUCACUGUAAUUAAUUAUAACCUUUCUUGUGUUUGUGUUACAAAUACAACUUACAUUUUCAAGGCACAUAUAUUACGCAAUAAUAUGGUCUACCACCAUUCAGCACUGGGUCUGCUGCAAUAUGUGAUGACAGUUCUGGCGCCGAGUAUUCUGUUUACGGUUGUAUCCCUACCUGUUCAGAAAAGAAAUCUUAUACAAGAUGGUAUACUUGCUCUAUUAUGGUUUGCCGGACUAUUUUUUCCGAUCUAUUACGCUGGACAAUACUCUUACGUUUGCUCUAUCAGUGUGUCUGUUUGGGCUUGGGCAACGGCGAUGAAGAUGGGUGUAUGGGUUUUUUGUAUGACAAUGGAAGAGCGACAGAAGCGGCCCUUUAUAUACACUCUAUCAGAAUGGAGGCAACGUUUACCAGAAGAUUCCAGUAAAGACCAACAAAAAGCUUUCAAGUCGAGCUUCGAUUAUAGGGAGAUUCACUUUGCACGUCACCUUUGGAUCUUCAUUAAGCAUCAAGUUAUUUUCGAUCUAAUUGAUUUCAUCUAUAAUUACGAUGAUGCUCAACGACCUAUUCGUGUGUUUUCGGCAUUCAUGUCAAAAAUUUACGAAUAUGCAGGACAGAUGGACAAAGCGGCGUCACUGGCUUCUUCACAAGCUAUCACCUAUACAGAGAUUCUGAUCAGUACCUGCCAAUCCUUGUUGUUCUGUGUCUAUAUCCAAAUCCAACUGCAAGUGACGUAUGACGCUUUGAUGUUAAUGUACGCUACAAUCUACAAGUGUUUGCCAUAUUUGGAAAGAUGGCAAUUAGGAGCUACAGAUUUAAGAGAUCUGAAUAGCAGCAGCAGAAAUGUUCUCGAAACAAAAGCAAUUUUAAGACGAGUUAAAAGAAUUCGAGCAGUUAAAGAUUGGAUUGAGGAUACAUUGACAAUGCAGCCUUUAUUCAAUUCCCCUUGGACUGCACAUUCUCUACGUGAUUUUUGGGGCAGACGUUGGCAUACGUUUUACAACGAAUCAUUUUAUAGGCUUGGGUAUAGACCAAUCCGCUGGACGAUGUUAACUUUAUUUAAGUGUAAACCCCCUCGAUGGUUACCAGCUUUGUCAGUCUUCGUUAUGUCAGGCCUCAUGCAUGAGUUCUUUUUGUUCUCUGCAUCGGGGCCACGACUCUACACGGGUUCUUCUUCUGCAACAUUACCGGCAGGCGGUCUUCAGUUUUUAUUCUUUAUCGUUCAAGUCUUUGGUAUCAGUAUUGGAGACAGGUUCUUUAGAGGUGGACCCUUGGGCCGUGCUUUUACUUUAUUUUUCGCGGCUUUAACAUGCCACUUAUUUGUUGUGCCUUAUCUUUUGACAGGCUAUCUUUAUAUGGAACGCUUCUCCUUUCUUCGAAUCGUUAUGAAUUUAUGCAGAGGAAAUCGAAAUAUUCUCGCUAGCACUUUUUGAAGCGCAUCUUCUCUUGUACAUAAAUAAACAUAUUUCCUUGUCAUUCAAGCAGCAUUUGAACAAUCCCCAC